AUGUUUUUAGAUACAGGUUCAAUAUUAAGCUUUUUGACAUUGGAUGAGCUCUGUUGUACAGCAAGUCGAGUCAAAUUUACAAAUGAUUUAGUUUCUAAACUUAUUUCACUAACAUUUGAUGAAUGUAACGAAUACGAUAAGAUCAAACUUCUUAAAUCAAUUCGAUUAUCAACCAAAGACAAAUUACAUGAAAACGUCAAGUUAUUUGAAAAUAUUUUAAAUGAACUUAACAUUCCCAUCUUAACAACCUUAUUCAAUUCAAUCAAAACACAUUUAGAACAAAAAGAACCCAAAGAAUCCAAGAAAGAAGAAACGAAAAAAGAAGAAACAAAGAAAGAAAAAACAACUGUUGAAACAGAACGAACUCUUUUACCAAUUUCAGAAGCAGCAGUGAAACAUUAUCAAGUUCCAAGAGAGCAAUCUGAAUGUAUUCCAUUACCAGCUCUUUUUUCUGAUUCAUAUGAUUCUGACAGAAGUAACAGUAUCUCCGAACUUGAACAAUUGUUUUUAAAAGGUGUAAGUCAAGGCGGAAACACGGAAUUACUUGUCGAAAUUCUGGAAAAUAAUCCUCAAUUUAAUUUGUAUUGCGAAAAUAAUAAUAAGAUGAAUGCAAUGCUUAUUGCAAUCAAAAAUGGAAAUCUCAAAAUGGUGGAAUUACUUAUUGACCAUGGCUUUGAUAUUAACAGAAAUAACUCUGAAAAAAUUUGUCCUUUAUAUGCUGCAAUUAAAGAAAAAAAUUUAGAAAUGUUUAAGUUCUUAGUAUCUAAAAAUGCAAAAUUAGAUAUUCUAAUAAAAAAUCAAGCAAGACUAAUCGAUGCUACAGUCAUACAUGAUGCAAUUGAUAUUUUUAAGUACUUGAAUGAAGAGUUAAAAAUGGAUUUUGAUAUUGAAUGCGCAAGAUAUUCGGCUUUGUAUUCUUAUACAGAAAUGCUGGAUUUUCUUUGGAAAAGAUAUCCAUCAAUAUAUAACGAGCUCAUCCCAGUAGUCAUUUUUCUUGCUGCUUCGAAUGGAAAUACCCAUGGUAUCAACUAUUUUAUUGAUAAACAAAAAAUACCAAUAGAAGUUAGUGAUCGCAAAGGAAGAACGCCUUUAAUAUAUGCUAUUAAGCAUAAUGAACCAGAUUCUGUAAAACUGCUGUUAAAGAAAAAUGCAAAUGUCAAUAUAAGAGUAUAUUCCAAAAAAGAUAAAAUCAAAGAUGUAUUUUAUUACGCAGCAAAGUCAGGUAAUACUGAUAUUUUCUUCGCUCUUUACACCAAAAAUCAAAAUAUUGGUGACUAUGGCAGACUCAUAGCAGCAGCAAAACAAGCCAAUAAAAGCGAUAUGGUUGAAUUCCUCCGAAGCCAGCAAUGA